CAAGCACCGAGGAGGCCCCAGCUCCCAAGGGGCUGAGAAGCUGGAACCUUGGCCCAGUGAGGAGGAGUUGAGUCAGCUCCUGCAAGGACCCCUCACCCAUCCAGGGACCAUGAAUAGGAAAGACAUAAAAAGGAAGUCCCACCAGGAAUGCUUCCGGAAGGCAGAGGGGCAGGAUCGGCCCCGACAGGCCCGGCGCCACAAGACUUGUCCCAGCCCCCAGGAAAUCAGCAAGGCCAUGGCUUCCAUGAAUCUGGGCAUGCUGGCUGAGGGAAGCUGCAGUGAAGAUGAGCUGAUGGAGAAAUGCAUCCAAUCCUUUGACUCAGCUGGCAGCCUUCGCCGCGGGGACCACAUUCUCAACAUGGUGCUGGCCAUGCACAGCUGGGUGCUGCCUUCUGCUGACCUUGCUGCCCGUCUGCUGACCUCAUAUCCUCCCAGGGCCAGGAGUUAUGGAUGGAGGGAGGAGGGCAGAAUCCUGAGAGCUUGGGAGAUGGGACAGGGGAGCAGGUAGGUCUGGUUGCUAGACAACAGAGCCUUGACCAGAACUCAAGUACCAAAAGGCCACAGAGGACAGACAGGAGCUGAGGCAGCUGCAAAUAUGUCACCUGGUCAGGUACUGGCUGAGCCGGCACCCAGAGGCAGUGCACCAGGACCCCCAGCUAGAAGACGUUAUAGCACGUUUCUGGGCCACCGUGACCCAGAAAGGCAACUCAGCCCAGAAGAGCCUGGGAGAUACCUCCAACCUCCUGAGCCCUGGUGGCCCUGGCCCCCCACCUCCCAUGAACAGCCCAAACCUAGGCAAAAAGUGCAAAGUGUCCUUGCUUUUCGACCACCUGAAGACGGACGAGCUGGCCCAGCACCUCACUUACCUGGAGUUCCGGUCCUUUCAAGCUAUCACGCCCCAGGACCUGCGGGGCUACGUUUUGCAGGGCUCCGUGCGGGGCUGCCCGGCCCUGGAGGCUUCCGUAGGUCUCAGCAACAGUGUGUCCCGCUGGGUGCAGGUCAUGGUGCUGAGCCGUCCCGGGCCUGCACAUCGCGCGCAGGUGCUGGACAAGUUCAUUCACGUGGCACAGAGCCUCCACCAGCUGCAGAAUUUCAACACACUGAUGGCAGUCACUGGGGGCCUGUGUCACAGUGCCAUCUCCAGACUCAAGGACUCCCAUGCCCACCUGAGCCCUGACAGCACCAAGGCCCUGCUGGAGCUGACCAAGCUCCUUGCCUCCCACAACAACUAUGCCUGCUACCGCCGCACCUGGGCUGGCUGCACAGGCUUCCGGUUGCCUGUGUUAGGUGUGCACCUCAAGGACCUGGUGUCCCUGCAGGAGGCACAGCCUGACAGGUUGCCUGAUGGCCGCCUGCAGUUGUCCAAGCUGAACAGCCUCUACCUUCGACUGCAAGAGCUGGCAGCCCUCCAGCAGCAGCAGCCCCCGUGCAGUGCCAGUGAGGACCUGCUGCAUCUGCUCACGCUCUCCCUGGAUCUUUUCUACACGGAGGAUGAGAUCUACGAGCUUUCCUAUGCCCGAGAGCCCCGCUGUCCCAAGAGUAUGCCACCUCCCCCCUUCAGAGGGCUUCUGGUGGUGGAGUGGGCACCUGGAGUGACACCCAGGCCCGACAGGGUCACCCUGGAGCGACACGUGGAGCAGCUAGUGGAGUCCGUGUUCAAGAACUAUGACCCUGAAGGCCGAGGCACCAUCUCUCAGGAGGACUUUGAACGCCUCUCCGGCAACUUCCCCUUCGCUUGCUGUGGGCUUCACCCACCCCCGCGGCCAGAGAGCGGCUCCUUCUGCCGGGAGGAGCUGACCGAGUACCUGCUCCGCGCCACCGUCAUCUGCUCCAAACUGGACCUGGCUUUCCUGCACACCUUCCAGGAGGUCACCUUCCGAAAACCCGCCUUCUGUCACAGCUGCAGUGGCUUCCUCUGGGGUGUCACCAAGCAUGGCUACCGCUGUCAGGACUGUGGGCUGUGUUGCCACAAGAACUGUAGGGACCAAGUGAAGGCAGAGUGUAAGAAGAGGCCAGGGGCCAAGAGUGAUGCAGGGCCCUUGGAGACCCCCAUCCCACCCACACCAGCUCCCCCUGCCAGCUGUGGCUCCGAGGACAAUCUCUCCUACACACUGUCCCUGGAACCUGAGACUAGGUGCUACCUUCGCCCUCCUUGGACCCAGACAGAGCCCCCACACCCUUCCUGAGAACCAGAGACGGUCCCCCUCCCAGUGACCAUCCCACCGUGAACCUCAUCCUCCAAGCCGGAAUCCUAGACAUCAUCUUGGGCUCCUCCCCUCCAGCCCCAUCUUCUCAGAACCCCCAAAGACAAACCUCCUCCACACCCACACUGCCUUUGAUGAAGCAGCCAUCAUCUUACUCUGCAAAUGUUCUUUUCUUCUUUUGCAUCACGGUGGCCACUACACAAACUCCCUUUUUCCAUACUUAGCAUCUGGUAGCUCCAUUUUGGUAUGUGCAAAUUUAGGCAUCAUCUCAGCAACUCCCUAAAUCUCUACUGCACAGAUGAGGAGACUGAGGCUUGGUGAGGUUAAGCUGCUGGCCCAAGGUGGCAGAGCCCCAAGGGUGAGACGCAGGACUCGAAACUUGGUCCUUGCCUGUAAUCCCAGCACUCAGGAGGCUGAGUCAGGAGGGUCACUGCAAGUUUGAGGUCAGCCUGGGCUACACAGUGACUUCAAGGCCAACUUGAACUACAUUUCAAGUCCCUGUCUCAAAAAACCACAACCAAAACCAAACCAAAACUCCAAAAAAUCCUGGUCAUCUAAACUUGAAGCUCUGGGCCAAUGUGCUGGAUGGACAUUGGUGAGGGGUCAGAAGGGGCAGGGCUGAAGUGGGCAGAGUUCUGAACACUGGGGUUGCUGAGACAGCAGAGAAGGCUGGGAAGGGCCUGGAGCUGAGAGCCUCUAAGCAUGAAUCAGGUCCCAUCCAACCUCUGCUCAACCUCAAUGGCUCCUCUCACUCAGGCAAAGCCAAUCCUCCCUAUGGCCCCCAAGUCCCCACAAGAUCAUCAUGUCUCUGACCUUGCCUCCUACCCCUCACCCCCUCACCCAUCCUACUUCAGCCACAUUGGCCUCAGUGUUCCUUGAACAUGCCCCAAAUACUCCUACCUCAGGACCUUUGCACUGGUGGUUCCCUCUGCUAGAAUCCUCUUCCCAUGAGGCCCCUGAGCUCCCUGUCUGGCACUUUGUUCUAAUGAUAUCCUCUUGGUGAGGCCCUCCUGAUCAUAUUCAGAGACAUGGUCCCCCACUGCCAAUCCUACCUUCCUGUUUUAUUUUUUCCAUAGUGCUUUUCUCCUCUAACAACUAUAUAUCUCACCUGUUUAUCUUGUUCGGUGUCUGCCCCUCCUCACCAGAAAUAUCAUCUCCAAGUGAGCGGGGACUUUUAUCUAUGUCUUCCACUGCUGUAUCCCCAGUUCCUAAAACAGGGAUGGCCCAGGGUAGAAACAUGCUAAGUCCUGUCCCAUAUCUGAGUAUGUCCUUCCCCACAACCAGACACAAAUGUGUUGCUGAAGAACAUAAGACUUAGUAGUCAGAGGGGUGGGGACCUGACCAGACCCAGGCCAGAGACCCCCAACCCUCCACAAGCCCAUACACCUCUGACCUGGCUCCCACACAGAUAGGUCCUAUUGCCAUCAAAAAUUAAAUUUAUUUUCCA